CCCCCUUUCAUUCAUUGCUUUCUUUUCACCAUACACCAUCAUAGUUUCGUCAGGAAAAGUUAGAUAAACCUAUUGAUUUCUCAUCCUCAAUUGCCUUCUAUUCAUCACUUUUAUCAACCUUUCAAAAGCUAGAGUUUGCGUUGAUUUUCUUCCAAUAUGUCGUCGGAAAAGAUGUCUAAUGUUAGGUCAAGGCCGACGGUUUCAAAGAAACUGUCACAAAAAGAUGCUGGAACCCCGGAAAAUAAAACUACAGCUUCGACGAGUGGAAUCGUCGCUAACAAUCAGCCGGAAACCCCAAAGACUCCAUCUAGACGGUCGUCGUUCUCUCAACGGGCGAUAUCCCAGACCCUCACCAGCACGGCUAACCUCGCUAACCUCCUCCCGACGGGGACCCUCCUGGCGUUCCAGCUUCUCCUGCCAAUCUUCACCAACAACGGCGCGUGCGACUCCGCCACGGGCCCGAUGACCAUGGUGCUCCUCCUCCUCCUCGCGCUCUCCUGUUUCCUUGCUUCCUUCACUGACAGCGUGAAGGCGUCCGACGGGCAGGUUUACUACGGGUUCGCGACGUUCAAGGGGAUGUACUUGUUCGACUAUCCGGAUCCGGUGGGGUCGGAUUUGCCGGACUUGAGCAAGUACCGGAUCAGGUUAAUCGACGGGGUUCAUGCGGUGCUGUCUGUGUUAGUGUUUGGAGCCGUGGCGUUCAGGGAUAAGAAUGUUGUGAGUUGCUUUUACCCGUUGCCGGCGAAGGAGACACAGGAGGUUUUGGAUAUUGUUCCGGUGGGAAUUGGGCUGAUUUGCAGCUUGCUGUUCGUGGUUUUUCCGACCCGACGCCAUGGGAUCGGGUACCCUGUUACACCUGGCAAAUAGUUGAAAUAAUUUGUUUUUUAUUUUUCUUAAAAAACAAAUUUCUUACUUGGUUUUAUUGUUCAUAGAUGAGAAAAGAAAAUGGCUUUGGCCGAAAAUAAAAGGUAAAAAAAAUAAAAGAAGAAGAAGAAGAAGAGAAAAGAUGAGAAUAUGAGAAUAUGAUGUGUAAAUUUUUAUUAAUGUAUUUAUUGUUGUCAAGGGAAUAAAAUAUCUAGAUAAAU